AUGUCCGACAUGCACCACGAUCGUGAUCGUUCCAGCAAACACAAGCAUCAUAAAAGCAGCAAGUCCAGCAAGCCCAGGACUUUGGAGAGCAGCAACAGCGGACGCGUUUUGCCCAGAAACGGAGAUGUGAGCUUCCUGUUCGUCGUGACUGAGCUCGAGGUCAACUUUCAUCUCGAUCGACCCGGUCUUGACAAUGGCAUCCGAAGGGAUGAAUGGCUCAACGUCUUGCCCCCCAACGACCCAGCACUCUACGCCCCAGAAACCCCCCAACACGUCAGCCGGGUCAUGAGGUUUCGAAGCGGCCAAGUCACGCCCGCCGGACCAGCUUACUACUGGGCCCGCGCAGCACAGUCUGGUGAGGGCUACAUUGCCAUGGCGGCCGGGGGGACUGAGUAUGCCCUCCGAAAGUACAAGUCUGCGUCCGUCUUCUCCUGCAACCCCUCGCUGCCGAUCAUCACUCUCGAAGGCGACGCGAGGACCGACACCGAUCCCGACUUCAACGUCCUGCAGUUCCUCCACCGACACGACGACGAGCGGCUCAGCAACGGCGUCUCGCUGGCCAGCUUCUCCGUCGACCACUCGCCGUCCGCCGACCCCCCUCCCGUCAAGUUCGUCGCAGGCCGCCAUGCCAGCUGGAUCCCGAGCCUGGUCCCCGAAAUCUGCCGCAAUCCCUACCGGGUAGUCCAGUCUCUCGGGCUAGGCGGCGAGCUCCCGAUUGUCAUCGGUCUCAUGGCGUUCCACGCCUCUCGCGACGACGGCCGAACCGUCGAGCACGUCUUCCUCGGACGCGAAGGAGACGGCGGCUUUUGGAGAAACUACCGCUGGCUAGGCACCUCGCCACCUCCUGGCUACCCGAAUUCAGAGCAGGAAAGCCCCCGCGGCUACCUGGUGCACAUCUGUCUUGAUCCCGAGAACCAGCCCGGCUCUACAUUCGACUCUCUCGCCACGCUUGAGUGGGCAGGUAUUCUUGUCCAGGGCUAG